UUGAGGCAACUCGUCCUCUGAACUCUGUUUUACCAAACAACACUAAACCAACACUCUACUUCCAUCACUUUAUAAGCCUAGAGUACUAAUGGCAUCAGGCUCACUCUCUUACGCGCGUAGUUCAAACUCCUCUUGGACGCCUAAGCAAAACAAGCUGUUCGAAAUGGCGCUGGCCGUGUAUGACAAGGACGCCCCAGACCGCUGGCAAAAUGUGGCCAAGGCAGUCGGCGGGAAGACCGCUGAGGAAGUGAAGAGGCACUAUGAUAUCCUUGUGCAGGAUCUCAUUAACAUUGAAUCCGGACAAUUCCCUAUACCGAAUUACAGAGGCGCUCGAAGCAAUCCUGCAGGCGGAUUUGGUGAUGAGCAGAGGCUAAUGAAGAAUCUUAAGCUCUGA